CAUCAAACGUGACACAUGACAAGUGUUUGUACGUCAUAAAGUUGCAUGUUUUCUCAGUUCAUAGAAAUAAAGAAUCAAAAAUAGUCACUUAUUUAAAACUGUUGUGUAAUUUUCGUUAAGAAAAGUGUUCCGUGUUUUAAAAGUUAUUAAUAAAAAAUGUUUAGAAACAUAUGUUUAAACAAAUAUUCUUCGAUUACUUCCUUACGAUAUAACACAGUUAUCACCUUGUUUACUCCAGUGUGUUCAUAAUUUGAUUUAUUGUUACUUUCAUUUGUGAACAUGGAAGUGAAUCCUUUGAAUAUAUUUUUCGUGAAAUCGGACAGCAAAGGUGACAGGCUGCUGUUCAGGUACCCUUACACAACAGAUAACAAGGAUGAAAGUAAACAGAAGAAAUACGGUCGUCACAAUCCUUACGCCAUUAAUUCUACAGAAGACUUACUGCAGAAUCCUCAGUCGCAGACGUCGAAUAUUUGUAAAGGUCAGCUGAGUGGCUUCACAGAUGAGAUGUUAUCAACAUUGUUUGCUGUUAAAGCAGAGCUCUGCAACAGGAAGUUUGAGCUGAAAGUGAAUGAUGUCAGGUUUGUGGGACAUCCCACACUCCUACCUUAUAGAACUAACAAGGAUGACACAGCCACCAUGAUCCUUAUCAAUAUUGUGUUUGCACUGCAGGCUUCCGCAAGUCAUUCAGUAGUUAAGUGUUACUAUGAUUUAAGUAAAAGACUGGGUAAGGCACUGAGGCAUGAAGAAAAGAGAUGUUCAUAUUUAACUGAAGAAAUGAAAAUAAUGUUGGCAGCUCACGACGAAGUAUCAGCUCUAGACAGUGAAAUAAACGGUGACAAUGAUGAUGAAGAGGACAAUCUCCGCCACUCGGUCAGUUCAGCGACCUACAGUAGUGAGAACGGAGUGGAUGCGACACCAAAGUCGGCAUUCCACCUCAUAUUACAGCGGAGUUCUCUAGCGAGAUCAAUGAAAGCUGUGUUUGAAGAACUAAGCAGUACAGGUAUUGUUCAAGUUCGGAUCAAUAAAUGGGUGCUACUGUCUUUCUGCUUACCACACAAAGCUCACCAAAUUCACAAUAGAGGUUUAAUUAUCGAGCCAGAAACCAUAGACAAGUGCCUACAGAAACUCAGGCCUUACCAUGGAAUCUUGCUUAUGGUGAAUCCAAAUGACCUGCUAGCUUCAAUACCUCUAGACAGCAGUUCGGCGCUACUAAGACUGAUAAAACUGUACAGCCCACUGAAAAGUCUACAGACACUCGCAAUUGAAGCUGAUCUGACAUUGAAACAGGUUUCGCAGCUUACAGGCCACUUAGUAUAUUGGGCUAAGGCUACUGUGAUAUACCCGCUGUGUGAGAGCAACGUGUACGUGGUGGCGCCGGGCGCUAACGUGCACAUACACUCACCGCUCGUCGAGGAGUUUGCGAAAGAGUUCCCUAAUUUAUGUUUAUUGCAGAUGCUGAGCGAGUUCUCGCUGCCGGCGCCGCUGUGGUACGUGUCGCGUAACGGGUGCGGCGGCGGCUGCGGCGGCGGCGGCGGCGGCGCGCGGCUGGCGCGCUGCGUGGCGUGGCUGCUGCGCCGCCGUCUGCUGCUGCAGCUGCACACCUACGUGCAGUUCAACUCGCCGCACUGGGGCCGCGACCCAGAUGGGAAAGAAUACUACUGCGAGAAACACGAUGUAUUCAACCAGUCAUGUAGCGUGUCUUUCUCGUCUCUCAAUCAAAUGCAACUGAAUGUACCCGAGCCAGUCGAACCGAGAGAAAGCGCUAACAUUUUCCCAGACUCCGACGAAGAUUACCCUACAGAGAACAAUCUCAACCAAACAGACUUCUCACACACAAAACCGAUAGUCAUAGAAUCAGAACACAACAAAUACGACAAAUUCAGAGAAAGCGAUUCAGCGAACCAUUCGUUUGACGACGGUAUAGAUGUAGUCGACGGAAUCAAACCAGUCACGAAUGGCGUAGACUAUGAAACCAAAGCUGAUAAAGUUCAGAAGAAAAUCCAAGGCAACUCGGUUGAUAGUGGAAUAUCAAGUAAUAUGAACGGUACUAAUAAUGUUAACGGUGUGAAUGGAAAUGGGGAAGUCACUGAGAACGGUCAUACAGAAUUGACGAAGGCAGAAGUAGAUAAAUUGGACACAGAUAAGAAAAGUUUGCCUUCAAGACUGUCAGACCUUUCGUUGAAGGAUAGUGAGGCGACGUUGACCAAAGAUACGAGUAGUGAUGAAGACAAGUUCGAGACUGAUCAGGACAUCUCUCCGCGACUGAAGACUAAUGGAAUGGUGAAUGGAACUGAUAAAAAGAAUGGAGUCUCUUUAAAUUUGAAAUUACAGAGUGAAAUGAGUUUUCAACCGCCUACAGUGUGGAACGUGCCUGCUAGUUGUGACGUAAUAGACGCAUGUCGUAUCCCCAACGAGCCUCCGACCACAGAGUCUCUGUUAGACACUUUCACUUCGGAGGAACGUGCCGCCUUAGCAACAGUACCCGCGUCUAAAAACACUGACGACCUGUUGUUGCUUGCUCAGCUUCAUAAAAAAGGCUACUUCCGAGGUGAGCAGCAUUUAGAAGAAAUUAUGUUUAUGGAGAAUGUGAGCCGGUCGCAGCUGAUGCAGCUCCUAGAUAAGUUCAAAGAUGUUCUCAUCACUUUCGAGACCGAAGACCCUGCCGUCGCCAUGUUGUAUCCCUACCAAUAACUCACAAAUCGAACACUUAAUCUUAGUAAAAGCAUAAUUAUCAAACCAAAUUGUGAUAAGUUUUUCCUUGAAAUUCAACAUUUUAUGCUUGUUUUUCUCUACCUAUGGGACUACACCACGUUUCUUAGUAAUAUUCUUGCAGUUGGGGAAGAGAGAUGCUGCUUUAUACCGUGUAUCUGCUCUCACGCUUUCAUAAAUGCUAUAUUAUUAGAGACGGGUAGAUAGGGUGGUAGGCUCAGGUACAAGAAUAAUAUAUUAUUUGAGUUGUGCUUAUAUUAACUAGGUAUUUUUCUGAAUUAAAUAAAAAAUGUUCGAGUGCUUGUACACAACAGCUAUUUAAUUACGGUGCUGAUUUGCUUAUUUUGGUGUAUUAAACACGUAAAAAUCAAGCAAUUUGACUAAUCAAUUGAACUUUAUCAUCACAAACUUUAAUAUUCGUUUCACCACUAUUCACAUGGCAUACGAAAAGCAAUAGAUUUUGCUAUAAUGUGAUACGGCUAAUGGUGGCUAAUUACUAUCUAAAUUGAGAUUCACAAUAAAAUAUUUAUAGUAUAGGGGGUCUUCCACCAUCCUGUCAAAUACUACUGCUGCAAUAUUUUCGCAGAGAAGCAUCGCUUUAGUGAAUGUUUUCUCGCUUCCAUAUAAAUUAUAGAAGGCCCCCUGAUCACUUCUAUUGAUAGUGCCUUUAAACACUUAAUAAAAUUCAGGAAUGUUUUUUGUGUAAUUACAAAACUAGUGCUAAAUGUAACUUUUAACUAAUGAUGUAGUUAUUGUAUUAAAAUUGAAAAAUAAAAACAUAGAGUUCAUGAACAAUUUUGUAUUUGUUUGUUGAUGUUAAUAUUUCAUUUCCUGCCAAGAUUUUACACAAUCAAUCGACCUUCUUUUCAUAAUUGAUUUAUACUUAUAACAGUAUUUAUAAUGCUCUCUAAAAAAACAUUUUUAUAUAAUUUUCUGAAAUAAUCUGGCAUCUAUGUUCGAAUGGUUCUGAAUUUCUAAAAAUAUCUUACCCAUUUAGGAUUGUGAUUUAAUUUAUUUAUGUUUAGAAAAUAAUUGGUCUUGCCUAUUUGUUUAGAAAAAUUGUAUUAUUAUAUAGAUAAAUUGGGUCUUUAAAUUAGAGAUUUCACAUAGAAUAUAGUAGUAUCAUCUGUUUUAAAUGACAGUAAGUUAUAUUAAUUAUUAAACUACAAUAACUGCCUGAACCUUGUCUGCAUACGUAAACCAAUAAACUGUAUCUACUGAUUUCAAAUUUCUUAACUGUGAGCUACUAAAUGUAAAUAAAUAAUGUUCCAUUAAAA